GUCACUGCCAUGGGACAGAGCUGCUCCUUCCUCCUGCUCCUCUUCCUCCUGUCCCCGUGGCCCAGAGCCACCGUGGCACUCCUGCAGUACCGCCAGGAAUGCGGAGAGCUGGGAAUGCAGCUCCUGGUCCUCCCGCCCCACGGCCGCUCUGUCCGCUUCAAGGUUCUGGAUGAGUUUGGCUCCCGCUUUGAUGUGGCCAACUGCUCCAUCUGCCUCCACUGGCUGAAUUCCAGAGAGGACGGCUCCGUCAUCUUCUCCUCUGGCUACAAGGGCUGCCACGUCCUGUUCAAGGAGAACCGCUACAUCCUGCGGGUGCAGCUGGAGGAGCUGCUGUCCAGCGGGAUCCCCGUCACCUCCUACGAGGUCAACAUGACCUGCCCCAAGCCAGGUGGCUCUGAGAUGCUCCCAGAUGGAAAGCGGGAGCAGGCCCGGGACACAGGAGUCCUGUUCUCCCACACCGGCCUGCACCAGCUCUCUGAGUCCUCCCUCACCCUUACGGGAUCCCACUACACAUCCCAAGAUCAUGUGGAGCAGAUUCACACAGUGGGACAUUACGAGCCCAGCUCAGUCCUUCCUGGGAUGCUGCACCAUUCCAGUCCGGCUCAUUCGGGGCUUCUGUCCCAGCCUAGUGGGGCUCAUCCUGUCACCCAAUUCCAGGGAAGCUUCAUCCAGCCGGGAGUGCAGCCACUCCAGUCUGGGGGGCAGAGCCAGCCAGAGAUGCUUCGCCCAGUGCUUGUAUCCCAAAACCAUCCCAGUUUUGUGCAUCCCGGGGGUCAGACACAGCCAGGGCAUCUGCGUCCAGGGUCUGUAUCCCAAAACCAGCCUGGGAUGAUGCAUCCUGGGGGACAAAACCAGCCAGGGAUUCGCCCAGGGUCUGUGUCACAAAACCAGCCUGGGAUGAUGUAUUCUGGGGGACAAAACCAGCCAGGGAUUCGCCCAGGGUCUGUAUCACAAAACCAGCCUGGGAUGAUGUAUUCCGGGGGACAAAAUCAACCAGGGAUUCGCCCAGGGUCUGUAUCACAAAACCAGCCUGGGAUGAUGUAUUCCGGGGGACAAAAUCAACCAGGGAUUCGCCCAGGUUUUGUAUCUCAAAACCAUCCUGGGGGACAAAACCAGCCAGGGAUUCAACCAGGGCUUCGCCCAGGGUCUGUAUCCCAAAACCAGCCUGGGAUAAUGCAUCUUGGAGGACAAAACCAACCAGGGAUUCGCCCAGGGUUUGUAUCCCAAAACCCUCCCGGGGGCCAAAACCAACCAGGGCUUCGCCCUGGGCUUGUAUCCCAAAACCAGCCUGGCUCGAGCUCCACUGGUGCCCAGACUUCCACAGGAUUCCUGCGCCCAGGAGCUCAGCCCCCAAACCAGGUGGGAAUAUCUCGUCCCAGUGAUUACUCCAACUCCCAGACCGGGCUCCAUGGCAACACUGGGCUGCUCCAUCCUGGCCAUCCCAGCCCGGCUUUGGUGCGCCCAGGACUCUCAUCCUGGCCAGGUUACAUCAGGCCUGGACUCCAGCCCCAGCCAGGCCUGGGACGCCCAGGGCUGCAGCCCCAGCCUGGAUUGCUCCGUCCUGGGAGCCUGCUGGAGUCCACAGCACUCUUCUACCCUUCGGCAGGGGCAGGAACGCAGCUGACGCGGGAGCAGUGCCAGGUGCCGGUGGGCCGGAUGCCGUGCCUGGCUCCCCAGGGACGGGAUGGAUGCCUGCAGGCGGGAUGCUGCUACGACGACAUGGACCGUACCACACCCUGCUAUUAUGGGAAUACCGCCACCGUGCAGUGCCUACUGGAGGGAUACUUUGUCCUGGUGGUCCCACGGGGAAUGGUGGCCGCGCCGUACAACCCGGACAGCGUGCGGCUGGCCAGCAGCCAGGCGGGGUGUGAGCCCCUCCACACAUCCGAGGCCUUCGUCAUGUUCCGCUUCCCGGUCACCCACUGCGGCACCACAGUCCAGGUGAUCGAGGACAGGCUGAUCUAUGAGAACCAGCUGAUCUCCACCAUUGAUGUCCAGGGAUCCCCCCGUGGCUCCAUCACUCGGGACAGCGUCUACAUUCUCCAUGCUCGGUGCAUCUACAACUCCAGCGACCUCCUUCCCUUGGGGGUGGAGGUGGCCGCGCCCCCCACGGCCGCCGCCCUGGCCAUGCCGGGCCCGCUGGGGCUCCAGCUGCGCAUUGCCACCGACGAAUCCUACAGCUCCUACCACCCUGUGGGUGACUUCCCCCUGGUGAGGGUGCUCCGGGACCCCAUUUACGUGGAAGUCCGGCUGCUCCAGAAGACGGAUCCCAAUUUGGUGCUGGUGCUGCACCACUGCUGGGCCUCCCCUGGCUCCCACCCCACAUCCCAGCCCCAGUGGCCCAUCCUGGUGGAGGGGUGUCCUUUCCAGGGGGACAACUACAGGACUCGGCUGAUUCCAGUAGGUCCGGCCUCUCCGGAGCUGCCCUUCCCGAGCCACUACCAGCGCUUUGUCAUCUCCACCUUCACCUUUGUGGAGCCCCCUGGAAUGGCUGUGCUGGAGGGGGAGGUGUACAUCUCCUGCAGCGCUUCUGUGUGCCACCUGGCCCAGCCGGAGCCGUGCCGGCCCUCCUGCCAGCUGGGAGUGCCCUCACGAGUGCGGAGGUCUCUAGGGGAUAGGAAGAGAGCUGACAGCAUGGGGACAGUCACAUCCCAGGGAUUCAUCGUCUUUCCUGAGGUUCCCAAGAGAGGAAGAACUCAGCAAAGAGGCUAAGGGCUCCAGCCUCUACCUGGAUGCCAUUGGAUGUCUCUGGGAAAGGUUGAAAAAUAAAACUAGUGCAGAGCACA